AUGGCCGACAUCAGACGGCUUCCCGAGAAGCACAACCCCCUCAUGACCGAUGAUGUUCCUACCUAUUCCGAUCUCAUUUCGCGCCGGCGUCUCGGUCAGACUCAACUGACCGCAAAGAUGGUCGCCGCCAGCGCUGCAGGGGAUGUUGACCCAUCGAGUCUGGGUGUAUUUGACUACGCGCACCUCCGAGCUCCCCUUCCCAAAGGCAUCCAGUCCGGCAUCUUCAAGGGCUCCCCGAACUCUUACUUCCUCAUGCGCCGAAGCCAGGACGGAUACAUCUCGGCAACUGGCAUGUUCAAGGCUUCGUUUCCCUAUGCCGAAGCCGGGGAGGAGGAAGCGGAGCGAAAGUUUAUCAAAUCGCUGGCUACCACGAGCCUAGAAGAGACCGCCGGCAAUGUCUGGAUUCCUCCGGAGCAAGCUCUGGCGCUGGCGGAAGAAUACAAAGUUACUCCCUGGAUCCGCGCCUUGCUCGACCCAGCCGAGAUAGCUAUCACGAACGCACCUGAUAGCCCCCCGAAGAAGAUUGCUGCACCGCCCAGAUUCGAUGUCGAUGUGGUUGCCCCGCCCCUAGAGCCAACCCUUGCGCCUCCCACUCCGUCUUCACUUCGCAGCACACGUGGCCGCCGGUCUGCCAGUCCAACCAAGAAACGAUCGAUCGCGUCUCCGCGAAAGAGAUCGCACAAGGCUCCGGCCCCUCCAUCUAGCUCCAGCGACGUCCCUUCCCUAAAGGAGGAAGCCGAGCGUCUGACGAAUGGUAUCAAGACUGAUGAGACUACACCUACACCUGCCACCGAAGAGAUAUCGAUCAAGACGGUCGAGAAAGAGCCCGCGAUUGUCUUUGCCCCGGCCGAAGAGGAGUCCAAGAUUCAUAUCAAGGUCGGUCAGGAGGUGCGAUUCGAGGGAGGUGCUCAGACCACCCACACUGCCGUGGAGGUUGAACUUCCGGUCUCUGGUCAGCCUAACCCUGAAGAGGCUCAUCGCAUGGUCGAAGAAGCCAAGGAAAUGGUGAGGAUUGCAGCCGCCGAAGCUGCCGCCAAAACUGGCGCGGACAACGCGGGAAAGCGCAAGGCGGCUGAUAUUGCUGUCGACGACGACGAGCAAGAGAACGGCGAUGUCACCGAAGAACAUCCGUCCAAGAAGGUCAAGACGGUCAUCGAGGUGCGCAAGGUGCGCGUUAGGAACCGAGCAUUGGUCGGUCUAAGUGCGACCCUCGCUGUCGGUGCUCUAAUUCCCUACGUUAUGGGCGUAUUCUAG